AUCAUCUCUAAAGAUUUGAAAUUUUGGCAUCUCUGAAGAAUUUCAAAUCUCCUUCCCUCUCUCUCUACUUCUCUCUCUUUCAAAACCCUAGCAUUUUCUCUCUGCUCAGACACACCAUCGUCUACCAGUCACGCAAUGACAGCUGUGGCGCAGCCGCCGGCGUCCGGGCGCGAGCUCUCCAAUCCACCUUCCGACGGGAUCUCGAACCUACGGUUCUCGAAUCACAGCGAUCACCUGCUCGUUUCUUCGUGGGAUAAGACUGUGAGACUGUACGACGCGAGCGCCAAUGUGUUGCGCGGAGAGUUCAUGCACGGCGGGCCCGUCCUUGAUUGCUGCUUUCAUGACGAUUCCUCCGGCUUCAGUGCAAGUGCAGAUAAUACUGUCAGACGGCUGGUUUUCAACAUUGGAAAAGAGGAUGUUUUGGGAAGACAUGAAGCACCAGUUCGCUGUGUUGAAUAUUCUUAUGCGGCAGGACAAGUGAUCACAGGCAGCUGGGACAAAACACUUAAAUGUUGGGACCCUAGAGGAGCAAGUGGACAAGAGCGCACGCUGGUAGGCACAUAUCCACAACCUGAACGUGUCUACUCACUAUCUCUUGUUGGAAAUCGUCUAGUAGUGGCAACUGCUGGAAGACAUGUGAACAUCUAUGACUUGCGAAAUAUGUCUCAACCUGAGCAACGAAGGGAAUCUUCAUUAAAAUAUCAAACUAGAUGUGUGCGAUGUUACCCUAAUGGAACAGGAUAUGCACUUAGUUCCGUUGAAGGAAGAGUAGCAAUGGAGUUUUUUGACCUCUCAGAAGUUAGUCAGGCCAAAAAAUACGCAUUCAAGUGCCACCGAAAAUCAGAGGCUGGACGGGAUAUUGUUUAUCCAGUAAAUGCCAUAGCAUUCCAUCCUGUCUAUGGUACAUUUGCGACUGGAGGUUGUGAUGGUUUUGUAAAUGUUUGGGACGGCAAUAACAAGAAAAGGUUAUAUCAGUACUCUAAGUACCCAUCAAGCAUUGCAGCACUUUCGUUUAGCAGAGAUGGUCGUUUGUUGGCUGUGGGAUCAAGUUACACAUUUGAAGAGGGGGAUAAACCACACGAACCAGAUUCUAUCUUCAUACGCAGUGUAAACGAAAUUGAAGUCAAGCCAAAACCCAAAGUCUACCCUAAUCCUCCAGUAUAAUUAGAAGAACAAAAUCUUCAUUCUGUUUCUUCUUCUGCUUUCGGAACAAUUCAAAUUACUUUACUGUGAGAAAGCUAUACGGAGGCCCAACCUUUGGAUUCUCCUGUGUAUAAAAUGUAGUCCCGUUUUUGUUUUAACUGUUUUGUGAAUGUGUCUUACCAUUCACGCUGUCAGAUCCCACGACUUAAAGUCUUUCAAUGUAGCUUGUGUUUGUUCCAAA